AUGAUUGUCAAUCCUGCACGUGGUCCCUUCCACUUCCGCGCACCUUCCAAGAUCAUAUUCAAAGCCAUUCGUGGUAUGGUUCCGCAUAAGACUUCACGUGGUGCAGCUGCUCUAGGUCGCCUCAAGAUUUUCGAAGGAAUACCACCUCCAUACGACAAACAAAAACGUAUGGUUAUCCCUGCUGCAUUAAAAGUUUUACGCCUUAAGCCUGGUCGCAAAUAUACCACAAUUUCUCGUCUUUCCUCCGAAGUUGGUUGGAAAUAUGGAGAUAUUGUUAAGAAACUUGAAGAGAAACGUAAAGUCAAGAGUAAGGAAUUCUAUGAGCGUAAGAAAAAACAAGCAAGAUUACAGGCCCAAGCUUUGAAGAAUAAGGCUACUGAGUUGAAAGAUAUUCAACAAACGAUUUCGACUUUUGGUUAUUAA